GAACACGAUUGUUUAUUUACUUUCAUUCAUUAAUUGUUCUCUUUAAUUGGGCUAAUUUGAGUAUGACCGAUGUUAAUUCCGCAAUAAGUUAAUCAUGUGUUCCAACUGCAUCUUUAUAAUUAAUGCUUCGUGAAUGUUUUGGUCUAAUUCUGUGAUUCUUAAGUUUUCCAUCGCUAAGAUCAUUCAACUGGAAUUUUUCUUAUCACUUGCUUAUCCUGGACUCUUUUCUCCUUUCAUAAUCAAUUAAUUAUUAAGAUUUAUAUUGAAUCUUUAUCAGCUUAACGCUUUCAUCACCUACGUCUACUCAUCUUCAUCUCACAUCUUAAUAUCAUCUCUUUUCUUAUCCACUCAUUCGUUGAUAUUUAUAUGGUGAUGUUGACUAGGCUAUUUUUGUGAUUUUUUUCAUUUAUGUCAAGUUUUGAAUCUUCUUUUUAUCAUAAUUUCCAUUCAUGUUGAUGCUGUUCAUUGUCAAAAUCUUUAUGGAAUAUAAUGUGUGAAUCAGGGAGGGAUGAACGGGGCUUUCUUUGUGGUGUUGUUGAGGGCUUCUAUGGAAGACCAUGGAGUACAGCCCAAAGAAAAGAUUUAUUUGCCAAGAUGAAAAAUCUUGGUCUAAACACUUACAUGUAUGCUCAAGAUGAUUUUAAGCAUCGAGCAUAUUGGAGAGAGCUUUAUAGCGUUGAAGAAGGUGAACAAUUAGCAGCUCUGAUUUCUUGUUGUAAAGAAAAUGGAGUUACUUUCUAUUAUGCCUUGUCACCUGGUUUGGAUAUGGCCUAUUCUAAUUCUAAGGAAGUUAAUUAUCUUAAGAGGAAACUUGAACAAGUCUCACAUUUUGGAUGUGAAGCAUUUGCUAUCUUGUUUGAUGACAUAGAACCUGAAAUCAGCGAAACUGAUAAGGAGGUUUUCCAAAGUUUUGGUCAUGCACAAGUUUCUGUGACCAAUGAAGUUUACCAAAGUCUAGGUCAACCCAAAUUUCUUUUCUGUCCAACAGAGUACUGUGGUUCCCGGGCUAUUCCAAAUGUUCAUACUUCCGAUUAUCUUAAUAUCAUUGGGUCUAAACUCCUUCCAGCAAUUGACAUUAUGUGGACAGGUAAUAAAGUUAUCUCCAAGACGAUCACUGUUCAAUCCAUACAAGAGCUUUCCGAAGUUUUAAAAAGAAAUCCUGUAAUUUGGGAUAAUAUCCAUGCCAAUGAUUAUGACCAAAAGCGAAUCUUUCUUGGACCUUAUUCAGGUCGAUCAACUCAACUCAAUGCUCAUCUUCGUGGUGUUCUUACUAAUCCUAAUUGUGAAUAUGAGCCUAAUUUUAUAGCCAUCCAUACGUUGGCCCAGUGGAGUAAAUGUAACUCAGAUGUUAAAUGUGAUAAUAUAUCAUCCGAUAUUAAACUGGAAACUGAAAAUGAAUCAGGUCCCAUCGAUAAUAUUCCUUCAUGCCUAAGUGCCACAACUUAUCAUCCUAGAAAAGCGCUGCGUGCAGCGGUUGAGGCUUGGUUAUCAGAAUUUAACCAAACAAAAGUUGCUUAUGGUAAACCAACUGAUGUUAUUACAACUCCUCUUGCUUCUGUCAUACCCACUCUCACAAUUCCACCGCCUUCUUCACUUCCUAAUAGUGAAAGUGUCCUCAACGGUAAUCAGAGUUUGAGUUUGGAUGGUGAGAAGAAAAAGACUCUUGACUCGGCUAAUGAAUCUAAUUUCCAGCCGAUCACCAAAGAAUUGGCAAACUCUUUGGUAACCCCACCGGUUAUCCUUAAUCCAUUGGAGCCCAUGGAUUGUAACGCUUCACCCGCUUUAUCCCCUAAACAUAAUUCUGAUGCUCAAAUGGAGGAACCCAAUAAGACAGAAUUAACCUCGGCUGAAGAAUCAGUUACAGUUGCUUUAGACACGCCUAAUGAAUCCAUAAAUAAAGACGUUGAUUCAUCUGAAGAAAUGCAAACUGAAAGUUCAUCAGAAGAAUGUGAGGAAGAUACAAAAGUAGAAAGAAUCAACCUCGAAGAUGUUUCUCUUCUUGUUGACCUUUUCUAUCUUCCGUUUGAAUACGGUGCUCAGGGAGUGAGUUUUCUUUACGAAUUCUAUUGGCUAAGAACAAAUAGUUAUCUCAUAUCUGAUGAAAGAAGACGAUCCUUAGGAUCCACCGAUUCCCCUGAAAUAAUUGAAUGGUUUGAAAGAUCUAAAAAAUUCCAAGAAAUGGCAGAAACUAUUGAAGGUCUUUGUUCACGUUUAGUGAGCUGUCAAAAUCUCUCUUUAGUUUAUGAUCUUUUUCCUUAUGUUUGGGACUUGAGAGGUGCAGUUGCUUUACUCAACAGUUAUGUUCAAUGGAUGUCUCUUGGGAAAAUACCAACAACACCACCGAAUUCUGCAUCUCCAACUUUCUCAUGGUUUUCUAAAGGUUAUAAAGAAGCUUUCACUAGUGGAGAUCAAGAACCGUGGAUAUUCAGGGGAGGAUUGACUGGAGAACUACAAAGAUUACUUCCAUUAGAAAGUAUCAAUGAUCUUUUCAUAUAUAAAUCACCUGAGUCGCCAUCUAGUCAUUCUUACAAUAUUCGCCCGUUAAAAAGUUCUGACGAGGCGAUUAUUUAUGAGCUAUACAAUAAAAGUUUCUUAGAAUUUUAUGAGACCAGUGAUAAUUUUAAACAAUAUCCAGAUCUCUUACCUGAUCGGUUUGUUGGAGGAUUUUUAACCUUAAGUCCAGAAUAUUGUUUUGUUGUUGAAGAUUGUUCCAAAAUCGUUGGAUUUGCUCUCGCUGCUUUUGAUGCGAGGAAAUUCGAGGAAAAACUAGAAGCUGCUUGGUUCCCCGAACUGUGCUCUAAGUAUCCACGUCCAAAAGAAAAGAAAGACAAAGGAGAGACUCUAGAUUCUGCUGAAGAAAUGAUUGUCGCCAUGCACCAAGAUCAAGAAGGCUCAUUCCGCAUUCCUGAGAUUGUUUACAAAACACACCCUUCUCUCUUGCAUCUAACUGUUUUACCAACAAUUAUCGACGCAAGUGUCCCAAAGCGUUUAUUAUCUCUUGUCCUUGUAGCGCUCAAAACAAAUGGUUCUCAUGGGGUUUGUACUCGUGUUUUAAGUAGGGAGAAAGAAGUGAUCGACUUUCAUCUUAAAUUAGGAUUCCAACAGAUCCAAUUGUCAACGGGUGAAGAAAAUUUUGACCACACUGAAAUCUAUCUUGGUCGAGCAAUUUAAUUGGCCUUUGAUGCGACCAUAAUUUUAUCUUUACUUUUUACAAUAACAAUCGACUGUCUCGUUAUUUCACAAAUCGAAUGUAAAAAUAACAAGUUGAUGAUGAAAGUGAAACAAAAAUCGAUAUUGUAUCAAUAAUAAUACCAAUGGUAAUAAUUAAAUUUCUUUAUUUGGUCAAUCAAAGAAAAAACAAUUAAAUAAAGUUUUGUUUACGUUAAAGCGUCAAACAGGCAAUUAAAUAAAGAACAUUGUUUACUGAACA